CUAACUAGAGCACCCCAGUUAUUUUCCCAAAAAAUUCGUAAUAGAGUGACCCUUUUUCAACAGAGAUACCGUUUUUGGACAUCACUAGCAACCCGUAAAAAAACCUGUUACAACCCCCUUUACCCAGUAACACCCCUUGGUAUCUUAUCCUGUAAAAACAUCCUUUUAAUUGAAAAAAAGAUAGGCAUAUGUAAAGAUACAAAAAUCAUAUUUAAAAAUGCCAAUAGGAAGUAUAAUAAAAAAAGCAUCCAGCUUUAUACUCGGUGAAGAAAUAAUUGAUAAAAAAAUCGAUAUUUCUUACGAAGACAACGAAAUUCUAUUUUGCAAGAACAAUGUAUGCAUUCAUCCGCCAACAAUCGCACGUCAUGAAUUUGAUAUAUUGCACAACCCAGGUUAUUUAACAUGCACUACAAAAACAUUCGUUGAUCAGUAUAACUGUGCUAAAAGACCUACUCUUCUUCUCACAUGGAUUCCAAACUCUUCCCUAUGUAAAUAUACGACUUCGUCUAAGGCAGAUUCCAGCGAAAGUUUCAGUCCCAUGCGAAAGAGUGCUGAUUUAACCAAUAAACAGUGUUUUUUAGCGGUGUCGCAAACGGGUAAUGAAAGCGUCAUCCGAGAGGAAGAUGAUGAGGCGUCGGAAAUGCAAGAACUAAAGAAUGAGCUACAGCCUCUGCUCGGCGGACAAACUGCAUCAAUAGAUGAUUUAACAGCGCUCCUAAAGAAUAACCCAAUAACUUCGGUGAAUAUAACCAUUUCGAAUCCGCAGAUCGAAAACACCAAUAUUUCGCAAUCAUUCAACUGUAUAACGAUAAGGACAGACGAAGACAACACCAGUGACUGCUUCAUAGGACCCAGGGGCCAUUUGAACUCCGUUGGCCAGACAUCUGAUGACAUCAACCCAAAGUGGAUGACCCCAGAACUACUAGCCUUUAAGCACAACUUAGAGUUCCCAGAUAGUGAAAACACGAUGGCCGCCGCCCGCCGAAAUACCGCACUAAAGUGUCGUCAUUUUUCCGUCGAUUUAAGUCAAAUGAGAUCACUGCGCCUCUUUUUCAAUGACAACAACUGCACAUCGGGUCAGCUGGUGAUUGCGUCUCGAGAGUCGCAGUACAAGAUACUCCAUUUCCAUUAUGGUGGUUUGGAUCACUUGGCCCAGGUGCUCCAUCAGUGGCAUUGUUUUCUGCACAACAUCACUUUGGACAAUUUCCCAGAAAAAUUCGAUCUGCCAUACAGGCAUUUUAUGGUCUGUCGACCUGAAGUCAAGAAAUCAGAAAUGCAUCCCGAUGAGGGCGACGUUAAGAAAAUAACUACGAACUUUUUCUAUGGCACAUUGUUAAACGAAAAAGGACAGAUCGAAGAUGAUUUGCUUCUUCGCAAAUGUGUAUUUUUUGGUGGCCUUGAAAAGAGUCUGCGAAAAACGGUAUGGCCAUUUUUAUUAAAGUGCUAUUCCUUUUCGUCGACAUUUGAAGAUCGAGCAGUCCUUAUGGACAUUAAGCGACAGGAGUACGACGAAAUUACACGAAGGCGCCUAUACUCAAUGUCUCCAGAGCAACAAGUACACUUUUGGAAAACCGUACAGUGUGUUGUUGAAAAGGAUGUUGUGCGUACGGACCGUACCAACCCUUUUUUCUGCGGUGACGAUAAUCCCAAUACCGAGGUUAUGAAAAACAUUCUGCUCAACUUUGCUAUUUAUAAUGCUGGGUUGUCCUAUUCCCAGGGUAUGAGUGAUUUACUAGCGCCUAUAUUAUGCGAGGUGCAAAAUGAGUCUGAAACAUUUUGGUGUUUCGUAGGAUUAAUGCAACGUGCAUUUUUUGUGUGCACUCCCACAGACAGUGACGUCGACCAUAAUCUUAGUUAUCUGCGAGAGCUAAUAAGGCUAAUGUUGCCACGUUUUUAUGAACAUUUGGAACAUCAGAACGAUUCUAUGGAGCUCUUAUUUUGUCACCGAUGGCUUUUGCUUUGUUUCAAGCGAGAGUUUACCGAAGCUGUCGUAAUUCGUAUGUGGGAGGCCUGUUGGUCAAACUAUUUGACUGACUACUUUCAUCUAUUUCUUUGCUUGGCCAUCAUAGCUGUCUAUGCAGAUGACGUGAUAGCUCAAGGAUUACGCGCGGACGAAAUGCUAUUGCACUUCAGCUCCCUGGCCAUGUAUAUGGAUGGACAGCUGAUUCUUCGAAAAGCUCGUGGUCUACUACACCAAUACCGUCAAAUACCCAAAAUUCCGUGUACGUUAAGUGGCCUUUGUAAGCGAUGUGGACCUGGUAUGUGGGACUCUGAGCAUCGACCUGCACUUGAGUGUGUCGGGCAUAGUGAUGACGAGAAAUGUUCUCUUUCGAUUGACUAGCUGAUUGCCAAUUCCAUUAAUUUACAAAAUAUUUGCAUAUUGAUGGAUUUUUCAUUUUCAAUACCAGUAAUGGUCGUAUUCCACUACACUUUAGGACUAAUCUACUCUGAAAAACUGACGACGAUACAUGAGUGUUGUUAGGUUGGAUUGGCCAAUUUAUUAUUUCAGAGUAAGCAUUUAUAUUUUAUCUGAUGCCGCGCUGCCACCAGAUUGACUACAAAAGUAACCUAAAGUAUAUAUUUCUCUGCUUGCUUCACGCUUUUCGCCAUGUGGUUUUCGUAUCUGGGCUGACAGCUUUAACUUCAAGUGUAGUGGUAUUCGACCAUUAGCAUUGCAUGUACCCAGAUUGGCGGACACACACUAUUAUUAACAUUUGCAUUAACUAAAUUUUACUUUAUUUUAAGCUUGGAAACAAACGGGGUUUCUUUAAAAGUUCUAGCCAUGACUAAUUUAUGUUUGGAAAGCAAAGUAAAAAGCAUCUACGACCCCACAAAUUAUAUUCUUACCAACUACUUAUAUUAUUAUUAAAACUGUAAUAAGAACGAUCGACCAAAAAUUAAGUCGUAAGAAAACCCUUUGCUUAAAAUAUAAAUUAAUGAAACCUGCAUUCAAAUAACUCACAAGGCGUUGGUCCAAAUAAAAUUACUAUUUCAUGUAGCUCCUCUACAGAA